AUGAAAAACUUUGCUCCCUUUGCAAGUCAGCAGCGAGCUUUGAUACAGUCAGACGUGAAGCUGUUGUGUGCAACUCAAUCACAGCACCCUCAGCACAUACUUGGAGCACCUAUAUCGGGCACAGUUGUUGAAGAUCAAACCGUCGCAGAGCAGAAAAUUGUUGAUGAAGUCAUUAGUUGUGUGAACGACCAGAUUUGCACCGAAUCGCAUGGUCGACUGUUUGCGGUAAUCUACAUUCAUGGCAAGCAGUUCAAAGUAACACCCGAGGACUUGAUAGUGGUUCAGUCUAAUAUGCCUGUUGACAUAGGAGACUCCUUGCGCCUUGAAAAAGUCUUGAUGGUCGGUUCUCGAGAUUUCUCGCUUCUGGGAAGGCCGACACUGAGUAAAGACCUUGUAAGAGUGGAGGCAACCGUCGUUGAAAAGACGCUCUCGCACGAAAUCCGGCAUUUCCUCUUCAAGCAGAGGUCUCGUUUCCACAGGUCAUAUUUCUUCAGGUAUCCUUACACUGUGCUGCGUAUCAACUCGAUUCAACUUUUGCAUCCAUUGAACCAAGGCCCAUCAGUGGAAGGCGUUCAAGAUAGAUUGCUGUAUUGA